AUGGGUGCAUCGAGGGUAUUCCUUGGGCACGUCGCGCUCUUCACCGCCGCUAUUGCGGCACCGCUUGAAGAGAGGAAGGAGAAGCCUAAGAGCUUCUUAGCCGACUUGGGGAACUCCACCUGGGUGAUCGGAAAUGGAAUCUGGAAUGUGACUCAGGGUCGGCAGUAUGCUACUAAGCUUUGGUAUAAAGGGAAGGAUCGUGUCGGUCAAGCGGUUGGGCAUUAUGUGAGUUACAAUGGCGCAGCCUCUGAUCUCAACUGGACCUCAGCGGCCAUCGCUGAUUCUGGAAACAACUGGAUCAACGUCAAGUUCACUGCGAAAGAAGGCGACUUCCACUGGCUCAUCCACGACGACCUCGCCGGCGCCUACCAGUACUUCGUGAACCACGCUCUUCCCACCCUUGGAGAGUUUCGCACUCUAUGGCGAUUGGAUAACACAUCCUUUCCCAAGGGCCACACUAAUGUCAAGGACGGCGUCCUUCCUCCGUUAUCCGACUAUGUCGCCGCCACCAAGGUGCAGGACGAGACGUGGCAGAAGGUGGAUGGGACCUUCCUGACCAAGUAUGAUUGGAGCGCAUUCUUGCGGGAACAGAUAUACUACGGUGUGUAUGGCGACGAAGUGGGGAGCUGGUAUAUCAACCCUGGGAAGGAUUACUACAAUGGGGAUCAACUCAAGGAGGAACUCAUGAUCCAUCGCGAGUCACUAACCGGCGAUGCAGUCCAGCUGAACAUGAUCCACGGCACUCACUACCAAGCUAUAUCCAAGGAUUCCUUUGCCGACGGCAAGACCUGGGGACCAUGGCUCUGGUAUCUGAACGACGGAUCCAAAGACGACGCUGCUCGCCGAUGGAAGCAAGAAGAGAAAGCAUGGCCGUACGAAUGGUUUGAGGAUGUUGCGUAUCAAUCCCGCGGCUCCGUAUCCGGAAAAUUUCUGCUCAGUGACGGGCGACCUGCUUCAGGAGCUGCUGCCUUCCUCGGUGACAGCAACUCCAACCUCAGCACGCUCGACCAAGGGAAGGAUUACUAUUACACGGCCUACGCCGAUGGAAACGGGCAGUUCAGCAUCGAUGAUGUUCGGGCGGGCACCUACGGACUGUACGCGUGGUCUAACGGCGGCAAGAUCGCAGAUGUCACGACCUCAUUCGUUCAGAACGGUGUGGUUAUUCGCAAGGGCAAGGCUACCAGCCUCAAGACGCUGACAUGGGCUGUAACCGAUAAGAAGAAACGUAUCUUCCAAGUCGGGGAUUUCGACCGGGUGACCGAUGGUUUCGCCCUCAGCGGCCCUACCCCAUUCGAGCAUGGCCGCAUCUCAAAGUGCCCCAGCAACCUCACUUAUACCGUAGGCAAAUCCAAGACCAGCGACUGGUACUUCGGGCAGUCUGCCCUGGGAACCUGGUCCAUCAUCUUCAACCUCGUGUCUAUUCCAUCGUCUGCAGCCGGUGCAAAAUUGACGGCUUCUCUCGCGGGAUUUUCGGGCGGUUCGAGUGCUGACAUCUUGCUGAACGGAGCGAAGAUCGGAAACAUUACGACCAACAGUGUACUGCUACCGAGCAGUCAGGAUACGUAUCGGGGUGCGACACGAGCGGGUGAAUGGAGGCUAUUGGAGUUCCCAGUUGGAAAAGAGGUUUUGAAAAAGGGCGAGAAUACGGUCGAUGUUAAGGUGACCUCGAGCACCCAGUGGAGAGGGUGGCUAUGGGAUAGCAUUGUUCUGGAGUGGGUGUAA